GCGGAUGAUGUUUAUAUAACAGCAAAUCGUCUGCAAUCGUUUUAUUUUUGCCUUGUUUUGCACAGCGACCAUUACGACGAUGUGGAAGACUGUUGUUAUUUUCAUUUCAGCUCUUUUAGCUGUGGAGGGAACUAUGGUUGGCGGCCUGACAGAUAUAGAAAUCAACAACGAAGGUGUCCAAAAUGCGCUGGACUUCGCUGUUGCCCAACACAACAGAGGAACCAACGACGUGUUCCUCAGUCAAGUGGCUAAAGUUGUCAAGGCUCAGGUUCAGGUGGUUUCGGGCUUGAAGUACUUCAUAACAGUACAGAUGGAAAAGACCUCCUGCAGAAAGGGGAGAGCCAAUGAGCAGUGUGACCCCCUUGACAAACCAGAUAAUCGGCCCUACCAGUGCACAUUCAUCGUGUGGAGCCGCCCGUGGAUCAACGAUAUCCGUGUGCUUAAAGAGAAAUGCUAGAAAGGAAACUUCUCAGUACCGUUAGCAAAAAAAAAACAACCUCCAUUUAACACUGAAAUGCGUUUUUCUUUUAGAUAAACAAGUACAGCUGUUACAGUCUUAACUAUUUACUUUCUAUUUGCCCCCCUAAUAUUUAGCUUUUAUAAAUAUUCCUAUAGUUGUUCUUUUACCUUGUAAAACCUACGCAGUUUAAAAAUAAAGUUUGUUUUUAAACUUUU